AGACUCUUCUGUGUGUGCGAGCGCGGAGGCUGCGUGCUGGUUGAUCGCUGCCGCCCUGCGCCCUGCGGAGCUCCAGAGCUCCAACCCCAGCCCUGGAAACCCAGGAAUGUAAAGACAUCAAAAUGGAGCCAAGUAUAGAUGCAAAUUCAAUUACUAUCACCGUUGAGGGAAUGACAUGUAUUUCCUGUGUCCGGACCAUUGAGCAGCAGAUUGGGAAAGUGAAUGGUGUCCAUCACAUUAAAGUUUCACUAGAAGAAAAAAGUGCAACCAUUAUUUAUGACCCUAAACUUCAGACUCCAAAGACCCUCCAAGAAGCUAUCGAUGACAUGGGCUUUGAUGCUCUUCUCCACAAUGCUAACCCUCUCCCAGUCUUAACCAAUACCGUGUUUCUGACUGUUACUGCUCCACUGGCUCUGCCUUGGGACCAUAUCCAAAGUACCUUGCUCAAGACCAAGGGUGUGACUGGUGUUAAGAUUUCCCCUCAGCAAAGAAGUGCAGUAGUCACCAUAAUCCCAUCUGUGGUGAGUGCCAGUCAGAUUGUGGAGCUGGUCCCAGACCUCAGUUUAGAUAUGGGAACUCAGGAGAAAAAGUCAGGAACUUGUGAAGAGCACAGCACGCCUCAGGCAGGGGAAGUCAUGCUGAAGAUGAAAGUGGAAGGGAUGACCUGCCAUUCAUGUACUAGCACCAUUGAAGGAAAAGUUGGAAAGCUGCAAGGUGUUCAACGCAUUAAAGUGUCCCUAGACAACCAAGAAGCUACUAUUGUUUAUCAACCUCAUCUGAUCACAGCAGAGGAAAUAAGGAAGCAGAUUGAAGCUGUGGGUUUCCCAGCCUUCAUAAAAAAGCAGCCGAAGUACCUCAAAUUGGGAGCCAUUGAUGUUGAACGCCUGAAGAACACACCAGUCAAAUCUUCAGAAGGAUCUCAGCAAAAGAGCCCAUCAUAUCCCAGUGAUUCAACAACCACAUUUAUCAUAGAGGGCAUGCAUUGUAAAUCAUGUGUGUCAAAUAUUGAAAGUGUUUUAUCUACACUCCAGUAUGUAAGCAGUAUAGUAGUUUCUUUAGAGAAUAGGUCAGCCAUUGUAAAGUACAAUGCAAGCUUAGUCACUCCAGAAAUGCUGAGAAAAGCAAUAGAGGCUGUUUCACCAGGGCAAUACAGAGUCAGUAUUUCAAGUGAAGUCGAAAGUACCUCCAGCUCUCCCUCCAGCUCAUCUCUUCAAAAGAUGCCUUUGAACAUAGUCAGCCAGCCUCUGACCCAAGAAGUAGUGAUAAACAUUAAUGGCAUGACUUGUAAUUCUUGCGUGCAGUCUAUAGAGGGUGUAAUAUCAAAAAAGCCAGGUGUAAAAUCCAUCCAUGUUUCCCUCGCAAACAGCACCGGGACUAUUGAAUAUGAUCCUCUACUAACCUCUCCAGAAACCUUGCGAGAAGCGAUUGAAGACAUGGGAUUUGAUGCUGUCUUGCCAGCAGACAUGAAAGAGCCACUGGUAGUGAUAGCUCAGCCCUCACUGGAAACACCUCUUUUGCCUUCAACUAAUGAGCCAGAAAAUGUGAUGACACCAGUUCAGAACAAGUGUUACAUACAGGUCUCUGGGAUGACCUGUGCUUCUUGUGUAGCAAACAUUGAACGGAAUUUAAGACGAGAAGAAGGAAUAUAUUCUGUACUUGUAGCCCUAAUGGCUGGCAAGGCGGAAGUAAGAUAUAACCCAGCUGUUAUCCAACCCCGAAUGAUAGCAGAGUUUAUUCGAGAGCUUGGAUUUGGAGCUAAGGUGAUGGAAAAUGCUGGGGAAGGCAAUGGCAUUUUGGAACUUGUUGUAAGAGGAAUGACGUGUGCCUCCUGUGUCCAUAAAAUUGAGUCAACUCUCACAAAACACAAAGGGAUCUUCUACUGCUCUGUGGCCCUGGCAACUAACAAAGCACAUAUUAAAUAUGAUCCAGAAAUUAUUGGCCCCAGAGAUAUUAUCCAUACCAUUGGAAGCUUGGGUUUUGAAGCUUCGUUGGUCAAGAAAGAUCGAUCAGCCAACCACUUAGAUCAUAAACGAGAAAUAAAACAAUGGAGAGGGUCUUUCCUUGUGAGCCUGUUUUUCUGUAUCCCUGUAAUGGGACUGAUGAUCUAUAUGAUGGUUAUGGAUCACCACCUUGCAACUCUUCACCAUAAUCGGAACAUGAGUAAUGAAGAAAUGAUCAACAUGCAUUCUUCUAUGUUUCUGGAGCGUCAGAUCCUGCCAGGACUGUCCAUUAUGAAUUUGUUGUCCCUUUUAUUGUGUCUACCUGUACAGUUUUGUGGAGGCUGGUACUUCUACAUUCAGGCUUACAAAGCACUGAAGCAUAAGACAGCAAAUAUGGAUGUGCUGAUUGUGUUGGCAACCACCAUUGCAUUUGCCUACUCUCUGGUUAUUCUUCUGGUUGCAAUGUAUGAGAGAGCCAAAGUGAACCCCAUUACCUUCUUUGAUACGCCUCCUAUGCUGUUUGUGUUUAUUGCACUAGGCCGAUGGCUGGAACAUAUAGCGAAGGGCAAAACUUCUGAGGCUCUUGCAAAGCUAAUUUCAUUACAAGCAACAGAAGCAACUAUUGUAACUCUUAACUCUGAAAAUCUCCUCCUGAGUGAAGAACAAGUGGAUGUGGAACUUGUACAACGUGGAGAUAUCAUUAAGGUCGUUCCAGGAGGCAAAUUUCCAGUGGAUGGCCGUGUUAUUGAAGGGCAUUCUAUGGUAGAUGAGUCCCUCAUCACAGGGGAGGCAAUGCCUGUGGCUAAGAAACCUGGCAGCACAGUGAUUGCAGGUUCCAUUAACCAGAAUGGAUCUCUCCUCAUCCGAGCAACACAUGUGGGAGCAGAUACAACCCUUUCUCAAAUCGUCAAACUUGUAGAGGAGGCACAAACAUCAAAGGCUCCUAUCCAGCAGUUUGCAGACAAACUCAGUGGCUACUUUGUUCCUUUUAUCGUCUUGGUUUCCAUUGUUACCCUCUUGGUGUGGAUUAUAAUUGGAUUUCAAAAUUUUGAAAUUGUGGAAACCUACUUUCCCGGCUAUAAUAGAAGCAUCUCCCGAACAGAAACCAUAAUACGCUUUGCUUUCCAAGCCUCUAUCACAGUUCUAUGUAUCGCAUGUCCCUGUUCACUGGGGCUAGCCACUCCAACUGCUGUGAUGGUGGGCACAGGAGUAGGUGCUCAGAAUGGCAUACUUAUCAAAGGUGGGGAACCACUGGAGAUGGCACAUAAGGUAAAGGUAGUGGUAUUUGAUAAGACUGGAACUAUUACCCAUGGAACCCCAGUAGUGAAUCAAGUGAAGGUUCUCGUGGAAAGUAACAAGCUAUCACGCAAUAAGAUCCUGGCCAUUGUGGGAACUGCAGAAAGUAACAGCGAACAUCCUUUAGGAGCAGCUGUAACCAAAUAUUGCAAGCAGGAGCUGGACACUGAAACCUUGGGUACCUGUACAGAUUUCCAGGUUGUACCAGGCUGUGGUAUUAGCUGUAAAGUCACCAAUAUUGAAGGUUUGCUAUGUAAAAGUAACUUGAAGAUAGAAGAAAAUAACAUUAAAAAUGCAUCCCUGGUUCAAAUUGAUGCAAUUAAUGAACAGUCAUCAACUUCAUCUUCUAUGAUUAUUGAUGCUCCUCUCUCAAAUGCUGUUAAUCCUCAGCAGUACAAAGUCCUCAUUGGCAACCGGGAAUGGAUGAUUAGAAAUGGUCUUGUUAUAAGCAAUGAUGUGGAUGAGGCUAUGAUUGAACAUGAAAGAAGAGGUCGGACAGCUGUGUUGGUGACAAUCGAUGAUGAGCUCUGUGGCUUGAUUGCUAUUGCUGAUACUGUGAAACCUGAGGCAGAGCUGGCUGUACACAUUCUAAAAUCUAUGGGUUUAGAAGUAGUUCUGAUGACUGGAGACAACAGUAAAACAGCUCGGUCUAUUGCUUCUCAGGUUGGCAUCACUAAGGUGUUUGCUGAAGUUCUACCUUCCCACAAAGUUGCUAAGGUAAAGCAGCUUCAAGAGGAGGGAAAACGUGUAGCAAUGGUAGGAGAUGGAAUCAAUGACUCUCCAGCUCUGGCAAUGGCAAAUGUUGGAAUUGCCAUCGGCACAGGCACAGAUGUAGCCAUCGAAGCAGCUGAUGUGGUUUUGAUAAGGAAUGACCUUCUGGAUGUUGUGGCAAGUAUUGACUUGUCAAGGAAAACAGUCAAGAGGAUUCGAAUCAAUUUUGUCUUUGCUCUCAUUUAUAAUCUGGUUGGAAUUCCCAUCGCUGCUGGAGUUUUUCUGCCCAUUGGUUUGGUAUUACAACCCUGGAUGGGAUCUGCAGCCAUGGCCGCUUCAUCUGUCUCUGUAGUACUUUCUUCGCUUUUCCUUAAGCUUUACAGGAAACCAACCUAUGACAAUUAUGAGUAUGAGUUGCGUCCCCGGAGCCACACAGGUCAGAGGAGUCCUUCCGAAAUCAGCGUUCAUGUUGGAAUAGAUGAUACCUCCAGAAAUUCUCCAAGACUGGGUUUGCUGGACCGGAUUGUCAAUUACAGCAGAGCCUCCAUAAAUUCACUGCUGUCCGACAAACGCUCCCUGAACAGCGUUGUUACCAGUGAACCUGACAAGCACUCGCUUCUGGUGGGAGACUUCCGGGAAGACGAUGACACCACACUGUAAAAGGCCUUGGGGGCUGUUGCUAGUUGAAGUUCAUGUGCACUGACACAGCACUUACACUGAUGGAGAAGCAUCUUAUGUCAAUCUCAUGCUCUUAUGUGCAGGACUCUCUCUGAGUUGUAUUUGGUAAUAGCAAAAAUAUCUUUCUCAGGGCAGGAGCUCUGAGCCUGGCAUUAUCUAAAAUAAAUUCCCAGCAGUUUUUGUUUGUUUUAUUAGGGAUACAGAGGGUAGAGAAGUGAGUUUUAGAACAAGCUUUAUAGUUAGAAGUUGCUAACUUGUUGCUAAUAUGGCGGAUCAUUUUUAUUUGGCCAACAUUUUAAAAAGUGCCCAAAGACAGGAUGAUUAAAAAUGUGAAGAUUUGAGAGCAUGAUUUUGAGGGUAUUCUUGAGCCUGCAUCCUUGCCCCACUGGGGACCAAUGGCUUUUAAAGCACUGUACAAAGCACCUAGUUUAGAAGGAAACAGUUGCUACUGUCUCAAAAUAGAUGUGCCUUAUUUAUUGUAGGCUUGCUUUCACCUCAUAAUUCCUGUGUCCUUGUCCUUUAGUUCCUAAAAGCCUACAGUAUGGCUAUUGUCACCUUCUUUCAAGUGAGCCAAGUUUAGGUAGUUUUUUCUUGAGUAAAAAUAGCUGACAACAAUCACUUGGAAUGAGGCAGGAGGAUUACAAGUUCAAAGCCAGCCUUGGCUAUAUACACUAAGACCCUGUCUUAAAACAUUUUUGUAACUGACAGCUCUUCUGAAAUCUUACUUUUCUAGUCAUAUUGUGUAGCUCAGAAGACCAGAAAGUCUACAGAGUUCUGUACUCUUUUGUUUUUUCACUGUUGUCAGAAAUCUCAAAAUCUUCCUUCAGUUUCCCUAGCUCUGUGCUAGCUUUCAGUUCUCUCCUGCCAAGUUCAGCUUUGUUCAUAGUAGAUGGAGUCUGUCCAUCAGUCCCAGUCUAGAAACUUAACAUUUGAACCUCUUUCAACAAAAAAAUCUUCAAAAAUUAACACUAAUAUGUUAAUAUAUACGGGGCACAUAAAAGUACUUGGAACUCACUAAAUUCAUCUUUUGGAAUAUAAUCACUUGGCUGGUAUAUUGUAACUUAACAUUUUAGUUACCUCAUGUUUUAGGUGACUUAUCAAAAUGACUUUAAAAUAUUUUUAUUACACAGAGAUGCUUUUAUCAAAAUACACACAAAACUGUAAUAGAGAAAUUCAAAUAUUCCUGGUUUAUGAUACCUUGUAGUCAAGUAUGUUGUUCUUUCAUUCAAAAUAUUUGUGCUUAUAAACUCUUAAUCUUUUAUUUUCAUGCCAUACUUUAUGCCAGCUACUGGCAUAAUGCCUAACAUAUAAUUUGUGCUCUGAAAAUGUUCAUUUCUCCUUUUCAAGUCAAUAUUGAGUAUAAACAAUCAUUUUUAUAUUACUGGAUUAUAAAGUGAAAUGGAGAAUGGGUUUUGUCCACUCCACCACCUUUCUCUCUUAUUUCUUCACACCCAACACCCCAAAACGUUUACAUUUUUCAAUGCUGUCUUUCCAGAUUUGGAAAAGACUUAACUUCUAUCUUAGCUAUCUUAGAGAGGUGAAACUUUGAUGAAGGUGCUAUUAAUCUAGAAAGGCAAACCUGUUUUAAUGAAGUAUGAAUAAGUUUAUAUGCUUAAACUGUAUUUUAAACCAAUACUUACACUGUCUUAAGAGUUUGAGUUUGUAUAUUUGUUUCUUAAUUCUAACAGAUCAUCAUAAGUCAUUGGCUUUUAGAAGAAAGAGCUAAGCUGGAGAUGUAUAAUACUUUUUCUUGCUCUGGAUCCAAAUUGAGAACACAAGUCCCCCAGUCAUCAGCCAGUUUCUCUUUCUGUUAUGUAUGUGUUUUUGAGUCCUCCUCAUGUCUCCAUGUCAUGCUGUAGGACAGCGAGAGUAGCAUUUUAGGUCUCACUACCAGAAAACCUGUUUGAGAGAAGCUGUAUUCCUAGGAGAGGAGGGCCAAUUAGAGAGGGGAUCAUGCACAUUGCUUUCAUUGGCCACUAGUUUAAGUAAUAGCCACUGCUCAAAACAGGUUUGGUAAGUGCGUGUGUGUGUGUGUGUGUGUGUGUGUGUGUGUGUGUGUGUGUCUAUACAUACAUACAUACAUACAUACAUACAUACAUACAUACAUAGACAGAGAGACAGAGACAGAGACAGAGAGGAAGAGAGAGACUACAUCUGUUUUGAGGUUCUUUAUAUGUUCCUUGCCACUCUUCUGUUCUCAGUCAGCAACCAUUGUCCCUGUCCUUUAUUGUCCAGUGCUAAUGUGGAUUCAGCUAGGGGCCACCUUUUAACUCAAAUAUCCAAAGAUGCCUUUUGAAUUUAAAUAUUAUAACACAACUAGAAUAUUUACUCUUGUAGUUUUAAAAGUAUAGUUGUUAGGUGUGAAAUAGAAAUGUUGCUUUUCCUACUUUAGUAUCAACAUUUUAGGAAGUUGAAUUUGAUGCCUUAUGAACAAAUAAUUUUAUAUUAUGCUUUAAUUUUUUAAAAAAUGUUCUUUAUUCACAUAGUUUAGAGAAUGAUUGAAAUAGCACUAUAGACAAGAUGUUUCCAAAAAUGUGAGUGUGCAUAUAUUUCCUGUACACAGCUUAAAAUCAAAAUGGUAUAGUAGAAGAUUUUUCCAUUACAUGUAGGUUCUGUUUUAAAAUUAUUUUUCAUAAUAUUUAUUUUACUCUAUUUUGUUAUUUCUUUGUAUGAGGCAUCUGGUUAAAGUUUCUGUUUCUUCUUCUUCUUCUUCUUCUUCUUCUUCUUCUUCUUCUUCUUCUUCUUCUUCUUCUUCUUCUUCUUCUUCUUGUUCUUCUUCUUCUUCUUGUUCUUCUUCUUCUUCUUCUUGUUCUUCUUCUUCUUCUUGUUCUUCUUGUUCUUGUUCUUCUUCUUCUUCUUCUUGUUCUUCUUCUUCUUCUUCUUCUUCUUCUUCUCCUUCUCCUUCUCCUCCUUCUCCUCCGUCUCCGUCUCCUUCUCCUUCUCCUUUUCUCCUCCUCCUCCUCCUCUUCCUCCUCUUCCUCCUCCUCCUUCUUCUUUUUUAUAUAGACAUUCCUGAUAAUCACUCCUUUGUGUUAUUUUGUUGUCUGUAUUUAAAAAAAAAACUACUUCUUUACCAAAUAUAAGCAUACAGAUUCAUGCCAAAUCUUUACCAACUUUUACACUAACUUUCUUAAAUUCUUUAGUUUGGUAUGAGUCACCAGAUAAAACACAAAGCAUGAAUUCUUAUUUCUUAAUCACAUUAGCUUCUUUAGUGACUUUGAUAAUAAUUAACUUUUGUAGCCAGAACCAGGUGUCUCAACCUUGUGUUUUUAAAGAAAUGGAUUGUAAAACUUUGGUUAGAAUCCAAAACAGGAGCGGGCAACUCUGUGCAAUAUUUCGUUUCUGUAGUUUAGUUUAUUUUUUCUCAUACGCAUGUAAUUGAUAUUUCUGCCGAAGAUGUGCCUUCAACUUUAUAAUUAUAGUGUUGUUUAAAAAAAUGUUGUCAAGUGUCGCUAUGUUAAGUCAUCCAGGCCCCCUUACCAGCAGUUCCUUGCUACCCUUGCUGUGUUAUUGGGGUUGUCUGGCAAUUGUUUCAGCUGUAAAUCCAUGCUGUAUCAAGAUCAGAGGCAGCAGCACACAUUCAAGUCGGGGAAAGAAAAUUUGUUGUCUUUCAGAUCCCACUGCUUUGCUGCUGUCACUCAGAACAAGAAACAAAGGAACAUGUAUGGCCUCUUCUCCUUUGUAGUAUCUAAUAAAUUCUUGA